AUUAUUAAAUCUUGGUGGUUGUCCUAUACUUUAUCCAUUAAUUGAAAAAUUUAAAGAAAAUGAUUAUUGUGAUUCUUCCUAUUCUGAUAAUUUAUCAUCUCCAACAAAUGUUGAAUCACCAACAGAUUGGAUUAUUGUUCGUAAACAAUCACAAAAACAUUUAUCUGAUAUUGAUAAUCGUUUAAUUUCAAAUCCUAUAGCAUCUAUAUUAAAUUUACUUCGUUGUGUUUUAUCAUCAACAUCAAUGUUAAUUUUAACUGAACAAAUGACUAAACAUUAUAAUAUUGAAUUAUUAGGACAACAUUUAAAUCGUAUACCAUCAUUUUUUGUUGAUCAACAAUUACUUAUUGCUAUUCAACAAUUAAUUGAAUGUAGUCGUUUAAAUGAAUCACCUAAUUUAUUAACAAAUCAAUUUAUUCAAUAUAUUUUACUUGAUUUUGGUUUAUGGAAUAAAGCAAAAUUUCAUGUACGAAUAUCACAUUUACAAUAUAUUGCAUCUAUUAUUAAAGAUGAACGAAAAUUUUAUCGAACAAAAUUUGGUGUACAAUUCUUUUUAGAUAUUAUUAGACAACAUUUUAUUUCUAUGGAAGAAGAUAUUGAUGAACAAAAACAAUUACGUAGUGCUGUUUAUGGUAUUAUUAAAUAUUAUGUUCAACGUCAUAUACGUAUUGAAGAAUUAAAUUCAUUAAUUUCUUCAAUAUCAACAUUAUCAACAUCAAGUGAUACAAUUACACAAGAAUUACUUGAUUUUAUACUUGCAUUACUUGAUCCACCAUCAGCAUCAACUGAUACAACUGUUGGACUUUUAUGUGAACCAAAUAUGACAGAAAGUCUUUAUGCUUUAUUAACUGUAAAUAAUCUCUCAAGUAAUACAAAAGAAAUUGUUUUGAAAAUUAUUAAAUAUCUUAUUGGAUCAAGACGAGUACCACAACAAAUAAGAACACAAUUAAGAUUAGAAACAAAUCAUAUUGGAUUUGGUGGUAUUAUAUCAGGUUUAGCACCCAAUGAAUUAAGUGUAUCGAUUGUACGUGAAAUUCUUAAUUUAAUUAUUAAUACUGAUUCAACAAUCGCUGUAGAUCAUCUUAAUGUUGUAUUAACUCUUUGUAGUGCCGCAUCACUUGAUGUUCGUUAUGUAGCUAUGCGUAAAUUAAUGACAUGUUUUAUUGCACAUCCAGCAAUGUGUCGUUCAUACGCUAAAUGUCAUGGAUGGCAAGAAACUAUAGCACAUUUUUUUAUUAAAUCUCGUCGUUCAACACCUAUUCAAUCAUUUCGUCAUUUACAUUCAUCAAGUUUAUCUAUGGAUGGUUUGUCAACAUUUACAAAAGAUCAAAGUCUUGAUUCUGGUAGAGAAAGUUCUAAUGGUACAAAUAAUGAUAAUAGUAAUCUUCAAGUUCCAAUAGUACCACCACAAAUAUUCGAAACAUCAUCAAGUCCAGAUGAUCCUACACAAGAAAGACUUGUACGACAACUUGAUCUAUCACCAAUUAUAGAUAAUAAUACACAAACAAAUUUCAAUCAAACAUUACCAUCUCCAAGAGAAUCAGUAACAUCAAAUUCAGCUCUUACACCAAUGAGUCUUUCGAUGGAUAUUGAAGGUACAACACCAGAAUUUCUUCGAAGAAAUAGUAGUGAAGAAUUUAAUACAAAUGCUAUGGAAACAAUGACAACACCAUUACAAUCAUCAACAACUAGUCGUGAAGAUCUUCUUUCAUUAAAUAAAACAGAUAAUUCAAAUGAUGAUUUGGCUUCAAUAACUAGUAGUACUGAUAUAUCAAGUGGAUUACAACCAACAACAACUACUACCACAAGUGUGACAAGUACUGAAGAUACAUCAUUUUAUGUGCCUUCAUCGAGUAAUACUGAAGAUGGUGGCCUUCUUGAAGAACUUUGUGAAACACUUAUAUUGACAAUAGUUAUGGUGCUAUGGAAAGGCGUUGCUGGUUCUGAUGAUGAAGCAUGGAUGAUUCGUGGUCAAAUCUUUUCAGCACUUCAUCAUCUUCAUCGUGAAUAUGAAUUUUAUUUACCAUUAGUUUAUAUUGAACGACGUAUUCUUGAAUUAAGUAUGGAAACAUGUUUAAAUGAACUUAAAAUAAAUGGAGCAUAUCAUGGCUAUGACCGUCUCUAUCGACGGCGUAUGAGCGAAAUACGUAAAACAACACCAACUUAUGAAAGUAAUUGCCGUGAAUUAAUAAAAAUUGUUGAUGAUUUCCUAACACAGUCAAAUGAAAAUAAUGAUCGAUUAACUGAAACUUUUAUUAAUGGAAUUAUUCCAAUACUUGAUACAAUGCUUAUUUUCGAAGAAAAUGGUACUGGUGAUCAAUCAUUAUCACCAUUAAUUUCUCAUGAUGAACAUUGGACGGAAACAUCUUUAACUGGUCUUAAUAUUCUUUUUACACUUCUUGCUCAUUCAAAUACUUCAUAUUGCGGUCAAGCAUCUGUUCGUAUACAUUCUUUAUUACAUAGUCGUCCAUUAAAUGGUCGUGAAGAAGCAGCAUAUUUAUUAUCAAGUGUAAACAAAAUCUUUUCAUCUAUUUCACAUAAUGAAGAUUGUGAACAUUAUAUAUAUUUAUUACCAAUAAUGAAAACAAUUAUUGAUAAAUCCUAUGAAAUUCUUCAAAUGAAUGUUCAAAUACCAAAUGUACCAUUACAUAAAGCUACAGCAACCGCAUUAGAUGAUUUUCGACAAUAUAGUUCAUCAUCAAAUAGUCAAGAAUGGCAAAUGUUUAUUCAACGACAUAUUGAACCAUUAGCUGAACAUUAUCGAUCGAUGUCUAUAAGACCAUUUCAUAUGAAUAUGAAAAUAUGGUGGAAUAAUUGUCAUGAAAUGAUGAUGAUUGGUAUACAUAAACGAAAUAGACAAAUUGGUGAAGAAAAAUUAAAAUUUCAAAGUCAUAUUGUUGAUCAAUGGCGUGCCCGUCGUCGUACUGAUCAUCAUCGUUUAUUAAAAUUAGCUAAACAACGUCGUAUCCAUCAAGUACAUGUUGAACAUGAAUGGAAAGAUCGUGAAAAAUAUUUUCAUGGCGAACGUGGUCCAUGGUGGACUGAGAAAACUUCGAAAGAAUCUCAUUGGAUGUUAUCGGAUCGUGAAAAUAUUCAUCGCAUGAGAUGUAAACUUGUUGCCAAUGAUGAUUUUAAUAAACAUGAAGAAGCUAGUCGUUUGCGAGAUAAUUUAGGAAUUGAUUCAAUGGAUGAAUCACAACAAUUAUUUCUUGAAGAGAGUUUAAAAAAUAAAAAUUUAUUAAUCCAACAAGAAAUUUUACAUGGAAAUUCUAUUGAUGAAGAAGAACUUUUAGCUGUUAUUAAUGAAACUCAAUCGUUAUUACUUGAUGAAAAAGAAAAAAUAAUUAUUGGUACACAAUGUUCAUUAAUAACUUCAACAUCAAUAACAGAUGGUAAACUUGAAAUAACAAAUAAAUAUAUUUAUUUUUUUGAUUCAACACCACAAAAAUCUUAUCAAAAUGAUUUUAAAUAUCCAUUAUCAUGGUUACAAGAUGUACAUGCACGUCGAUAUAAUUUACGUCCAUCAGCAUUAGAAUUUUUUCUUCUUAAUCAAACAAAUUUUUUAAUAAAUUUCGAUAAAAAAUUACGUCGACAAAUUUAUCAAAAAAUUAUGUCAUUAAAAUUACCUGGAAUGAAAAGUAUCUAUUCAAAUUUAUCUAUAACAUUAUCAGCACAAGAAAUUUUAAAAGAAUCAAAAUUAACGGAAAAAUGGAUAGCAAGAGAAAUAUCGAAUUUUGAUUAUUUAAUGAUGUUAAAUACAAUUGCUGGAAGAACAUUUAAUGAUCUUAAUCAAUAUCCAAUAUUUCCUUGGAUAUUAAAAGAUUAUGUAUCAGAUGUAUUAGAUAUAACUGAUCCAAAUGUUUUUCGAGAUUUUUCAAGACCAAUUGGUAUUCAAAAUCCUAAACAUAUUGAAGAUGUUCGAUUAAAAUAUGAUUCAUUCGAUGAUCCAACUGGUUUAAUGAAAAAAUUUCAUUAUGGUACACAUUAUUCUAAUGCUGCAAGUGUUAUGCAUUAUCUUAUACGAAUGGAACCAUUUACAACUUUACAUAUACAAUUACAAAGUGGAAAAUUUGAUAUAGCUGAUCGACAAUUUCAUUCAUUUCAAUCAGCAUGGUUAAAUAUAAUGGAUUCACCAAAUGAAGUUAAAGAAUUAAUCCCUGAAUUUUUUUAUUUACCUGAAUUUCUUACGAAUUCAAAUAAAUUUGAUCUAGGCAAAUUACAAAUAAGUAAUCAUAUAUUAAAUGAUGUACAAUUACCACCAUGGGCUCAUAAUUCACCUGAAGAAUUUAUUCAUAUGCAUCGUUUAGCACUUGAAUCUGAUUAUGUAUCAGCGCAUUUACAUGACUGGAUUGAUCUUAUAUUUGGUUAUAAACAAACAGGUCAAGCUGCUGUUGAUGCGACUAAUGUAUUUAUGUAUUGUUCAUAUGAAAAAGCUGUUGAUGUUGAUGCAAUUGAUGAUCCAGUAACACGUGAAGCAAUUGAAGGUAUGAUACAAAAUUUUGGACAAAUUCCAUCUCAACUUUUAAAUGAACCACAUCCACAACGACAAACACGUGAACAAGCAACAUUUGAAAUUGAAUCUCAAGGACGUGCAUUAAAUAUAUUUCAAAAUUUAACACAUAUACGAGCAUUUUUUGUUGAAAUAACACCAGCAAAUGAUAAAUUAUGUGAUCCAAUAACGUUUAUUUCUAUACCAAAAAAUCAAAUUCGAUCAUUUAUGCAACAAGGUAUUCCUGAUACACUUGUUACUGUUAGUAUAAGCGGUGUUGUUGGUAAUAAUGGUUGGCAACCAUAUGAUAAAUCUUUAAGUAAUUUUUUUACAUUUGAACGUGAUCCAACCUUACAAACUGAACGUAAUCGACAUAUCAUUGCUGCUCCAUUUUCUCCAUCAUUAGAAAUAACAUCUCGUAUAUUUGCUGUUUCACAUGAUGCAAAAUUUGUUUUCAGUGGUGGUCAUUGGGAUUGGUCAUUACGUGUUUAUUCAUUAUUAAAAUCGAAAAUUAUAACUUCAAUUAUUCAUCAUACAGAUAUAAUAACAUGUUUAACACUUGAUUCAACAGGAUAUAUUCUUGUCACUGGUUCUCGUGAUACGACAUGUGUUAUAUGGAAUUUAUCUUUAAUUGAUAAUCGAAAUCUAACGAAUACAAACGAACAAGAAUCUAAUGCACUUCUUUCACCAGCUGUUACACUUUAUGGUCAUACAUCUGAAGUAACAUGUGUUUCUGUAUCAAUUGAACUUGAUCUCGUUGUUUCGGGUUCAUUAGAUGGUACAUGUAAUAUUCAUACUGUUGAACAUGGAAUUUAUGUUCGAACUUUACGUCCUAUGAGUGAUCCAAUUAUAAAUUUACAAUUAUCAAAUGAAAGACAUAUACUUGUUCAUACAGAAAAAGAUGAUACAUAUUUAUUUUUAUAUUCAAUUAAUGGUGGUUUAAUUCGAAUGCGAAAAUUAGAAUAUAAUGUUGUUGAUAUGAUUUUAAGUGAUCAAUAUAUUGUACUAGCUGUUAAUCAUAUACCAUCAUUACAACAAACAAAAGGUUUAGUCGCUGCAAGAGUUGUCGUUAAAGAUAUGUUUGAAAUGAAAACAAUACAAACAAUUCGCCUUCGAACACAAAUCAAUUGUUUGUAUUUUACAAAAGAUUUUAGUCAUUUACUUGUUGGUGUUAAAGAUGGAAAAUUAAUUGUAUUAACAGCAGAAAAAAAAUCGUCAGAAAAAAAUAUUAUUAAAAAUAAAUAA